GCUGCGAGUGAUUGAACGGGUUAGGUUGUCAUUUAGUAACCAACAGAAGGUUACGAGUUAAAAAAUUUGGAUUAUUUGAUCAUCUGACUGGCCUUGCGCAGAGAGGAGAGACAAGAAAUGAGUCGGAUACCUCACAUGAGGGUAUUGUUGGGCUUUUUAUUAGACAAUUAUGUCUAUUUAAUCUUUCGUGUUUGAUUUGGGAGACACCAGUUCGCCUCACGCUAGGCUAGGUCGUCCAACUCGCGAUGCUGGGGAGAUAGCUGCAUCAUCAUGUUGUUUCGGACUCCGAGUUUCAGUGAAAUACAUCUGAAGUUACGCCAGAGCUUCUUUGGUAGGUGUUGUUCACCAUCCAUAGCUGUCAUCAGAUACACGUGGAGUUCAUGUCAGGACACUUGAGAACUUCAGGCCAAAGCAGCUCCCAGCGGUGACUUGUCGGCGGAGGUGACGGGGGUAGCCUCCAGAAAGAGGAUUCACUUUGUGCUGCCGGGUUUUGGGCGGCGGAAAAGACGGACACAAAUAGUAAAAGUUCCUUCGAUAGAGAGGCAAGUUAAAAUGGCCGGCGAUUGCACCUAUACUCAUUACAGGAAUGAUAAUACCCUCUGUCUGUCAAAAGCUUUGCCGGACCGGGCGCAAGACCUCAUGAUUGAGACUGACAACACUGGCGACUUGAUUGGGCGUGGGUCAAUGGCGUGUUCACCCAACUUUGAGAUCAUAGACGGGCUGCAGUACCGUAAGAAAUUGGAGCAAGGAUUCAUCCACUACCGGGAGGUUUUAGACCAGGACCGGCGGCACGGGGCAAUCUCCACCUUUCACCGGCGGCGGCCAGGCACACGCCACCUUUCCCUGGAGGAAACCUAUAAAGCCGUCGCCGAAAACUACUGGUGGGACGGGAUGUAUUUCCACAUCAGGGACCAUGUACUUGGGUGCUCAGAUUGCCAGAAUCAGCAGAGCCAGAGAACCAUGGAGUGUGGCAGCUUGAAAGGGAGUGUUUCCAAGACAAUGAUGUCACACAGCCAUGACAUUCUGAGUAAGCUGCGGAGCCAGCGAGAUGCAGGGCUCUUCUGUGACAUCACACUGAGGACAAACGGACAGUCUUACUCGGCCCACAAGGCAGUGUUGGCUGCGGUCAGCGAGUACUUCCAGGAAGUCUUUGCGGAAAUGGAUUCCACACCCAGCUUGAAGACUGACAUAGAUUUAACUGGUUUCAGGGAGGACAAUCUUGUGUCCCUGCUGGACUUCUCCUAUUCCUCCACUCUAAGCGUCCGUCCGGAGGACCUGCCAGAGGUCAGCACCAUGGCCCGACACCUGGGCAUGUGGCCCGCAGUCGAGGCCUGUUCCGCCCUGCAAAGGGAACAGAAGGGCACUCUCCAGCAACUCCAGACGCAGUUCCAGAAGGACAGGAAGAGGAUAAAGCUAGAACCUAGGGAGGGAGGGCUUCUUGGUGCUGGGAAGGAUGGCUUCAGGUGGACCCUGGACCAAUCCAAUGAGCCUUUGACAAACUUCCCCAGACGCUCGCCUCGCAUCCCCCAUAGUCAAGGCCCAGGACCCAUCAGUCUCCACAUGCCCCUCAGUCCCACAAACAGAAUGAAGCUCAUGGAUUUUAAAUCGCCCUCUAGUAAGAGGACCCGGCUCCCUCGAAAUACCCCCUCUUCACCCCACACACACACGCGUCUCCUGCGCUCCACCCCCGGAGCGGCCCAAGAGGUCCAGAGAUUGCUGCCCAGGCCCGAGAGCCCCAGACGGGGUCACAAGCGUUGCCCGUCCUUCAGCUCCAGACAGGAGCCCAAGACUAGUGUUCCCCUGGUCAGAGUCAAGGAGGAAGAGGAGGAACAGAGGGAGGAGGAGGAGGACCAUGUCCGUGUGUUGGAGAAGUAUCGCCUCAUGAAUGUUUUAGGGCUUCAAAGGACCUCCCUUCUGUCCUGUCAGGAGGAGCUGAUUGGUUGGAGACAGAAGAAACGCCUUCGCAAGUUAAAGGUCAACAACUACUCCCUGACCAAGCGGAGGAAACCAUGCCCACAGGUCCCUGGGCUUGCGUUCCGAAGUCUUCCCCUGUCCCUACCUCUAUGCAACGCUGUUAACACCCGCCUACUCAAACAAGUCAUUAAGACUGAGCCCAGUGAUCCCGUCAACAUGGAGAUAGGACUGAAAAGACCAAGGUCUGCCCCUAGACCUGUUCCACCCUCUGAUAGGAGCAUGCGCAGUAAAGUGCUGUUACCCAACCUGCGGCAUCCAAUUUCCAGGCAGCCCUUUGGUGGUCGGGAACUCAGGCGUUCUGUAAGAGGGAGCGACGGCGCUCCUUUUUCUGCCCAACCUCCACCUUGUCACGACAACGCUAAGCCUCUGAGGAGGAACGUUAUCAGGAUCAAACCGGAACCGUACGACUUUGCCAUCUCAGCACCGCCUCUCCCUGUACACAGUUGCCAUGGUCUCACACACAUGCGCCAACCUCCGCUUACUAGGACACACCCCGGGGACAGGGUCAACACCACGGGGACCGUCCGCUAUAACAGCGGUCGGCCAGUGGCAAAGACCAAGGUGAGGACGAUUAGAGGUAGAGAGCUUGGCAAGGCUCAGCGCCCCACCAAAGAAGAGUGUCUCAGGACGGACAGCAGACUUCUUCUGGAAUCGGGUCUAGAGGAAUCGCUUGGAGUUCUCGGAAAGAAGAGAGAUGCUGUGGCAGUCAGCGCAGAUCCAGACAUUGCCCCUGUCCCCCAUCUCUACACUCAUCCACUCUACCGGGCCAUCAAAGAGGAGCCAGUGGACCCCCUGCCGGUGGGGCUGCCCUUCUCCGAGCCUCCCUCUCCAGACCUGGGCAAGCGCCAGAGCAAGCCCCCUGUCAAGUUGCUUGACCCUGGCUUCCUCUUCAGCUUCUGCCGGCCCCCAGGGGGCCCGGUAGUGAAGAGGGAAGAGGAGAGUGUGGAUAUCUGCUUGACACGCUCAGUGUCACGGGGAGAGAGGUUUGGGGAUGGUGCGGGCCCAGUUAGGGUCCUGAGAGCAAGAGGACUUCCCCCAAACCCCACCUCAACUCAGGUUAAGAAGGAGAGAGUGGAGAGGAAAACGGGCCACGACAAAGGUCACAAACGGGGCACUCGCUCCUACCAUCACAAACACCAACCCCCCCUGCAACACAAGCUCUCUCGCCUGACUAAAAGCCCCCAGCAAAGCAAGUCCCCCACACAUGGCAGGCGCCCCCACGCAGUCAGCGCAGCAAGGUCAAAACCUGGGACCCCACGGGACAUACCAAAGAAGCGUAACAGGCCCCUCCCCGUGCAUGGCCGAAGCUCCGCCCUCCAGCAGUCGGUUCGCAGAGCGCGGCUGAAGCAGCUGAGAGGACUGAGGUCUGGGAGGGGUCAAGGGUGGGCCUCUGGGAGCUCCACCCCCAAGGCGCCUCACUCCUGCCUGGAGUGCCACUUCUCCUUCCGAGACUGUGAUGCCCUCCUCAUACACCGCAUCCGGCACAUUAAGGGCAAACACUGGCCCUGCCCUCUGUGCAGUAAGACCUUCUUCAGACAGAAGAAUGUAAGGAACCACAUUAGAACACAUGACCAGCGGUUGUAUCGCUGUCGCAGCUGCAUGGCAGCCUCCUGAGGCCUGCUCCAGGGUUCAGGGACCUGCAGGGGACUGAGGGAGAAGGUCUGAGACGACUGUAACAAUGAAGAGGGAUGGGCACAAUGUGAACAGAAGCUUGUUCAUACAAAUCAUCAUUGACACACGUGCACAUUCAAGCAUAAUGCUGUGUGCCUCUGUGAUGUAGUUACCGUGAUCCUGAUGACUAUGUACUAUAGUGAUGAUCGAUUGUUGAUGUUCUGUUAUUUAAGAUUAUAAUUUAAAGUUCUUGUUUGCGUUGCCGUAGCUACAGGUGAUACUCUCGAACGUUACACUCAGGGGGUGGGGGAACUGUGAUGUCAUUGUAUAAGAAUUAUUAUUAUUAUUACUUUUUUGUUAUAGUUUGUUGGGCAUUUCUUCUUUACUGGCAUAAUUACAUGGUAGAGUGACGGGAAAUGUAGGGGAGAGGACAUGCAGAAAUGGCCGGAAUCAAACCCAGGGCCCUGAGGUACGCGCUCUUAACCGGUGACCCACCGGCGUGUUCCGUUACUGCAUGAGAAAGACAUCACAGUUAAGCGCUCAUUAGAUGUCUUUGUAAUUGAAUGGAGAAUUAUGAUAAAUAUUAUUCCUUCUGCCAUUAUUGCUAUCGUUAUUUUUCUAUGUAUAGACAAAUCUUGAGUGCACUUAUUCCAUAGCUUUUGAUAAACCUAAGAGAGGUGGAAGAGGUGUAUAUGGAAGGUUCAAACAGAUAUCUAAGUUGGGAGUACUUGAAGCAGGUUGGAGAUGAUGUGAGUGGGUAUACUUGAAUGAUCA